AUGAAGGUGGUCGUUCCACGCAGCAUCAGCUUGGACAGAAUCGACGAGUGCCUCUCUGACAUGCACAGCGAGUUCGUGCACGUCGACGACGCGCAGCCUGCGAUCGAAGCGGAGCUGACAACCGGCCAGCCGUUUAUCGUCCUGGGUAUGUUCGAUUUCACAGUCUACAAUGCGCCCGGCGGCCAUGUGCGGUGCAGCUACCAGUCGCGCAACUACGUGACAAUGAUAUUCUCCUACACACCGUACCUGUUAUACUGGUGGUGGCAACUGGACGAGCGUGGCGGUGUGCUCAUAUACGACGAGCCGCCGCUAGUGUAUUUUGUGCACGAGAGCAGCCGGGGUGCAUUAUACGAAAACGCCAUGGAUUACAAUUCCGUGGUCGUGUAUUUUACAGAGCGCAACAUUGCAGAGUUUGCAAGGAUCACGCGAGUUAAGCGUAUGUGCAAUGUGGAUUUGUUCAUUGUAUAUAUGGACGGCGUCUACGAGUGCUUCGAGACCGGAGACACUGGCAGUAUGCUGAGGUUCGGUGAGCGAGCCAAAGACAAGGUCAUAGAGCAGGUUCGCAAGGAUGCUAAAAAUCUCCGCGCUCUGCGCAAUACUGAGGAAAAGCUGGAUAUGCGGUGUCGGAAACGGCGCCGCGUGGAGCGUUUCAGGCUGAUGGACCGGCAUGGCCACAUGGUGCAAGAUGGUGUGCGCUUCCGGCUCAAAGUGGCCGGCUUCCGCAGUGGCAUUGGCGAGGAUAUUGCAAUCAGCUUUGCUGGCGGCGAGAUGACAACGGUGGCCGGCGGCGGCGACAGCUUCGUCUGCGAGACCAUUGAUGGGAUCGCGUAUUUGAAGCGCAAGAAUAUGUUUGUGUAUUGUCCGGGGUGCGCGGGCAAUGCGAUCAGGCUGUCGCCAGCGUUGCCGGAGAAGAGGGAGCGGCUGCAGCUGCAUUUCAUGGAGAAUGGGGCGGUGCGGCUGACAAAGUGGGAUGAGGAGGUGUUUGCACAUUGCGUGUGGGCGCAGCAGCCAGCCGGGUGUGUCGUCAGGCUGGAUGACAGCCCCGAUAUGCGGCGGUGGGGUCCGGCCGUCGAGCUGCUACUUGUAACAUGA